AUGAAAUUCUUCCGGCCCAGCAACGUCUCAGUUUCGCCAGUAAGCAGCUCGAGGACCCUCCGUCCCCGUGGUUGCUUAAAGAUCAUCGUCAAGACUCUCACCGGCAAGACCAUCACCCUGGAGGGUGAGGAUGGAAGGACCGCGGCUGAGGAUGGAAGGACCGCGACUGAGGAUGGAAGGACCGCGACUGAGGAUAACAUUCAGGAGGAAUCUACCCCCCACCUGAGGUUGCGUCUUCGUGGUGGUAUGCAGAUGAUUCUGAAGCCCUUAAGUGAUAUCAUUACAUUUGAGGUUGAGAGUUUGCAUGCAAAUGUCGAGGCCACGAAGCCUGUCAAGGAGGAGGGGUUAAAUAGGACUCCUUCAAUAUUUCUCCUGUACUUCUUUAAGCUCAAUCAACUGCAUGGUGCUGGUAUCAUUAAGAAAUUUAAAUAUGAGUCCUGA